GUGGGGCCUGAGAGAUUCGAAAGGAGCCCCGCCCCCUCGGAGCAGAUUCCCGGGGCUAGGUUGCUGGGGGAAGACGUGUGGAAGACAAGGUGGCGCGGGAAGUGGAAACAGGGUGGGCUGGAGCUCAGGUCUAAGUGGACUCUCGCUCCUGCUGGCUGGACAUGGAGGAUUUGGAGGAAGAUGUAAAAUUUAUUGUGGAUGAGACCUUGGACUUUGGGGGGCUGUCACCAUCCGACAGCCGUGAGGAGGAAGACGUAACAGUGUUGGUGACUCCAGAGAAACCACUUCGACGGGGCCUCUCCCACCGAAGUGACCCAAAUGCAGUGGCUCCUGCUCCCCAGGAUGUGAGGUUCAGCCUAGGCCCCCUCAGCCCAGAGAAGCUGGAGGAGAUCCUCGAUGAGGCCAACCGGCUGGCCUCCCAGCUGGAGCGGUGUGCCCUGCAGGAGCGGGAGAGCGCGGGCGAGGGCCUGGGGCCUCGCCGAGUGAAGCCCAGUCCUCGGCGGGAGACCUUUGUGCUCAAGGACAGUCCUGUCCGAGACCUGCUGCCCACUGUGAACUCUUUGGCUCGGAGCACCCCCUCCCCAAGCAGCCUGACGCCUCGACUCCGGAGCAGUGAUAGGAAGGGGUCAGUCAGGGCUCUUCGGGCAACGCCUGGAAAGAGGCCCUCCAACAUGAAGAGGGAGUCACCCACUUGCAGUCUGUUCCCUGCAUCGAAAAGCCCAGCAUCUUCUCCUCUUACCCGAUCGACGCCCCCAGUCCGAGGGAAGGCUGGGCCCAGUGGGAGAGCAGCAGCCAGUCCACCUACCACCAUCAGACCCGUCCUGGCCCCACAGCCUUCUACCAGUAACUCUCAACGCCUGCCCCGGCCACAGGGAGCAGCUGCUAAAUCUUCCAGUCAACUGCCCAUUCCCUCGGCCAUCCCCAGGCCUGCCAGCCGAAUGCCACUCACCGGCCGGAGUGUACCACCUGGCAGAGGUGCCCUACCUCCGGAUUCUCUGUCAACUCGGAAAGGGCUUCCAAGACCAAGUGCCGCAGGACACAGAGUGAAGGAAGGUGGACACAAGGUUCCUGUUUCCCAGCGACUAAAUCUUCCCGUCAUGGGUGCCACUCGCAGCAAUGUGCAGCCCCCCAGGAAAGUGGCAGUCCCAGGACUUACCAGAUAAAGAGGUCAGGACAGCAAGCAAGACUUCAGUAGCAAACCACUACAAUCAGUACCUGGACUCGCCUCUACCCAGCCGACCCUGACUCCAGCAGAUUCUGGCCCAGGGACAGGAGGAGGAAGAGAUGCCACCAGGGCUGGUCCCCCAGGAGUAGAGACCAUGGGAAAUGGGGUGGAUUAGGAUUGAGCUGGAGAAGACUUAAACUCUCUGGGUUGAAAGAAGAUUAGGGGAACAGAGGUCACCUUCCAGCAGUGAAAUGAACAAACAGAAAUGAGAGGUACAGGCAAGUGGUUUGUCUUUAUCCACCCCCACUGUGUGGUCAGCCCCAGAGAAUUUGAUCUUCUUCCCGGGCAUUGGUUCACUGGACAUUUCCAUGUGAGUGCUCUCUGUAGCUAACCUUCCUGCUCUCUGAGGGGCUGUCUUCCUGAAUCUUAUUCUCUACUGGACUCCAGCCUGCUUGGAGAGGCGGCAGCAGGCACCUGGUCUUCAGAGAUUGUUCCCUGUGAAUUCCGUGACUCCUAAUAGGCCAGUUUGUGAUAAGCUUACUCUAUCAGUCUUCAUUUUUCUAAAAUAAAGUGAAUGUAUUUUUAUAUUCUCUGUA